UAACCUCCCUGGGUUUCCGCCCAUUCCUCCACAGUUGAUUCUUUGGGAUGGUAUUGUCAUGCAAAUACAGGACGCGUAAAAUAUUCCCCCAGAGCUCAGCGCAGGGCAGAGACUCGCACGGACCGCGCAGAGGACACAGACCGGCCCACACGGUGGAUUUGUAUCGUUUUCGUCGCUACGGACCCGUCCAUCUGUCACAGACACCCUGGCCACAUGAGCGGCGACACAUAGCCAGGACGUGAAAGCCAGGAAAACAGGUCGGGCCGUUCAAGAAAAAGCUGCGGAGGCUGGCCUGUGGAGAUAGUGUCAUACUUCCAAUUUCCCCAAGUGAAGUCGGAGGUGUUUCUCGUCUCCAUCCCCUGCUAUAGGCUACCUGCUGCUGCUACUACAGAGGGGGGAGCUACACGUAGAGACGCCUGGAUCGCUUGAGAGCACCCUUUUAUGUUUUUUAUUUUAGGAUCUCUCAAAUAUUAACAUUUUUGCACACCAAGUGUGUUAUUUCCUCUCCUGUCCUUUUUGGGAUAUAUACAGAGCUCUUUUUUCUGUUUUAAUACUUUAAAGUGCCUUAAUAACUGGUUAUAAUCCAGUGUAACUGUGGCAUUGUCACAAGACCAGAGAAGAUCAACAGGGAGAAGACGAUUAUUAUCAGCUUUAGAGCCCAGGCAGGAUUACUGGUUCCCCACCCUCCAGCGCGCUGCAACCAUGAGCCAGGCGGAUGUGUCGACUUGCUCCGCGCCGCAGAGGGUUUUCCAGGAGGCGGUGAAGAAGGGCAACACCAAGGAGCUGCACUCGUUGCUGCAGAACAUGACAAACUGUGAGUUCAACGUCAACUCCUUCGGGCCAGAAGGACAGACGGCCCUCCACCAGUCCGUCAUUGACGGCAACCUGGAGCUGGUAAAACUGCUGGUGAAGUUUGGAGCAGAUAUACGGCUUGCCAACAGGGAGGGGUGGAGCGCUUUACACAUCGCCGCCUUCGGGGGCCACCAAGACAUUGUGCUAUACCUCAUCACCAAGGCCAAGUACUCCUCUGGCGCCCGGUGAUCUGUCUCUGCUGUCAGGUAAAAUAAGAAAACAACAAAAAAAAAAAUUCAACAAGUGGAAAAUAAAAUUGCAACACACGGGAAAGUCAGGCUCUUUUAAAAGCAAAAAAACUGCCAUUAUCUACAUAGUUGUGCCAAAUUCUAUUGAAAAAGGAAAUAAAAAUAGGCCUGCACAAUAAUCUUCCCUCAUUGUAAACCAAACGGGGCUCUCUGUGCACUCCUGAGUGAAGCACCGCAUGGUUCAUACACAGCGCUUCAACACGAAUCUUUUAACAAAAGAAACGCCUUUUCGGUGAGUUUGUUGGUACUAAAGCUUUCCUCUUGAAUGUGUAUAGCCUACUAGAUCUUGUCGUUCACUAUAAAAGAAGCCAGUGCCUGUGUAUCACAUGUGUGUGUUUGGACUCCGGAGUGCAGAUGGCCCAGUUUCUUUUCCCUCUCCAUGACCUCCCAUCCCCAGUACAGUUCCUACAAUAGUUUCUUUGUAGGGGGCGCAGAUUUGACCUGUCGCUCCUCAUUGUUCACUUGUUAAAACCCUUUUUAAGUUAUUUUAUAUGAAACACGGCACUUGAUGCUGCAUAUGGCUGCAUGCUGGAAUAUCUGAAAGGGAAGACACACGAACAAGAGAAGAAGGGUUGCCCUCUGUUGGCUACCAGAGGUCUGUUUUCUUUAAUAGAUUAUUUUUUCUUUCUUUUUUUUACUCAAAAGAGCGGCAUUAUGGCUAUCCAGCACGCUUUCCGAUGUGUAAUCAUUAUGUAACAACAACUGAUCCAUCAUUGUUGUGAAGUACUGUACACAAUAGCUUUACUUUGUUUCUGUUUUUUUUUGUUUGUUUGGUUUUUUUAAGAAAAGAAGAGACAGUAGCUGAGUGCGCUCUGCCUACCUGCCUACAGAUCUUGCCAUGCUGGCGUCCAACUGUUCAGGCCAGUGUGACCACUUUUGCCAGUGGUCAUUGUGUUAAAAAAAAAACGCUGCUUUCGCUUUGUAUCAAAAAAGUCACAUUUGGAAUUCACUUUAUAAUCUCCUUUCAGUAUUUUAUUAACAUCCUAGUCAUCACUGUGAAAGCAGGCUGGGUUUUUUUUUUUAUUUAUGAAGGUACAUUGAGAAGAUGCAUUUUUGAAUAUGUUGUGGUUCUUCUUUUAAAAAAGUGUAAGAAUAUCUAGGGUGACUCAAGCUGCUUCAGACUCGUAGUAUAAACUGUCCCGUGUGGAGGUAGACCUGCUCCCCCCCCCCCCCCCCCCCCAGAAACCCCUCUGUUAUAGUCUGUUGACCCUCAGAAGACUUUCUCUACCCCUCCCUCCCAUCAAAAAGGACUUUGUUUGGUUUCCUUUUGCCAGCUACCUCGACUAUAAAAGUAUUCUCAAGUUGUUCAGCUCUCUCACCACUCUGCCACGUUGUUUGGAGUCUGAAGAGAUUCACAAUUUGUCUGUGAUCAUCCGCAUGCCAGUAUGGGUUUUUUCUUCCUUCUCUCGCUAUGUAGCCUAACAGACACGAUGGACUUCAAGAUGCAAUGAACUUAUUUCCUGCAUCCUCAGUCGGGACAGUUUAUUCUACACUACAACCAAACCAAUUCUGACAAGCAAAGCAUCGUUUUGCCUUUCUGCAAGGGAGUCUCUGGUUCUCUCUCUUUCUGUCUCUAUGUCUCACCACACACACUGCCAUUGUUGCAUGUUUUCCCUGUAAACCUCCUCUUUGCUCUCUCUCUCUUCAUCAGCCUGUAUGGUCGUUUUUUUAUUUCUAUAUUUUUUUCAGUCAUACAAAAAAAGUGGAAUUGUAUCGCAUGACUUAUAAAUGCAGGGAGUUUUAUUGCACAAAAAUGCGGAGCCUUGUGCGUCCCCAGUGUUUGUACGGGGUAACUGCAGGAGCCAAGGCUUUGGAAUAGUUACUACUACUGAGCAGGACCCUAAUACUGUUGGACGAUGAAGACUUUAAAAACAACAACACAUGACUUAGCAGGAUGUCACAACAAAAGGAAAAAAAACAAGAAGAGAAUUUGGUUCCAUAAACUUGCCUGCUGCAUUUUGAAAGUCAUGGCACCCUAACAUUUGUAUCAAUGCUGCUUGUACGUUUUUUUUUGUUGUUGAUGUUGAUGUUAUUUUUUAAAAAUCUUCUGCUCAAAUGGCCAACAGUUGUAUAGACUCUUCACAGCAGCACUGGUUCACCUCAGGAGAAGCUGCUGAGAGAGUGCGUUUUUGUAAUUGAAGAGUGUGUGUGUGUGUGUGUGUGUGUGUGUGUGUGUGUGUGUGUAGUUGUGCGCUUCUCCUGAGGCCCCGUGUUGCUGUGUUAAAACAACAGUCAUCCAGACUGAGAACAUCCCAUUUGAAACCUGGAACAACCACAAAAGUAACUGAAGCGAUAGAUCCACUACAUCAAAGUACAGAUUGGUAUCAGGCAACAAAUGAUAUAUGCAUUGCUUGUCUUAAACUUGAUGUUUUUUUUUUCUUCCUUUAUUUUUUUUUGUUUUGUUUGAAUAUUGCACUGAUGACUGUUGUUAAAGGUUGGCUUUUGUGUGUCAACAUUUAAUUUUUUUCUGAAUAGAAAAAAACAAACACAACAAAUACUAUUGUAUAAAUAUAUGCUCCAGGUGAUAAUGUCCUAAUGUGUGUGUUACUUUGUGGAAAAAAAACAUGGCGUUUUUUUAAAAACAAAGAUGCGUGUAUCUCUGUGAUUGGGUGUAUGUAUAUAUACAUAUGGAUAUAUAUAUAUCAACGCUGAUGAUGAUGAUGAUAUCUUGGGGCACUUUCUUUUCUGAAGUGCUGUCUUCCUGUUUUUUUUGAAAGGGGAAUAAUACAUUUGAUGGUAAGAUCAUUGUAACAUGAUUAAAAAUUGCACGGUUGUGUGGUUGUUUGGCUUACCAGGGUCAUAACAUUUAUGACGUAAGGAGCCAGCCGCCGAAUUGGUGUACAUGAGUGAGAUGAUUUUUUUAGAAAAAGAAAAAAGUGCUGACUUCUUUGGACCAAGUUGUGUUUCCGCCCUUGCUUCAUUUCAAGCAAGAGGAAACAGCUGAUGUUUGUUUUUUUUGAGUGAUGCAGAUGUUCCAUCAUGUUUGAUUUUAUUUUUGGAUUUCUGUUUGUAUUCUUUGGUUUUUGAACGUUUGUAACACUGUGAUGAUGACGUGAUGUCAUGUGGAGAUGAGUGCUGUAUUAUUUUUGUACGUUUGUGUACAAGCCAGUAAAGAAAUCAUUAAACUCAAGUUCUCUGUG